GUGGUCUCAGAGGAGAGUUCUGCACCUCCCGGAGCACGCCAAGCAGACCCGCCUCUGCUGCUGCCUCCCCCCAGGCGCCUGGCCCUUUAAAGACGGCACUCUGUGUGCACGUGAGCGGGAACGUGAGCGAGGACAGAAGGUGGUUCUGAAAUUCCCAGCAAGCGGCGGACAGCGCUCCCCACGCCAUCCCACCCAGCUGCUCCUCCACCACCUCAGCUCUGCCCUCCGCCUCUCCUACCUGGGCGAACUCGGUUAAAUGGCUGAGAAGCAGAUCAGUCUGCCAGCCAAGCUCAUCAAUGGCGGCAUCGCCGGGCUGAUCGGGGUCACCUGCGUGUUCCCCAUCGACCUGGCCAAGACGAGGCUGCAGAACCAGCAGAAUGGCCAGCGCAUGUACACCAGCAUGUCUGACUGCCUCAUCAAGACCAUCCGCUCUGAGGGCUACUUCGGCAUGUACCGUGGAGCCGCUGUGAACCUGACCCUUGUCACCCCCGAGAAGGCCAUUAAGCUGGCAGCCAAUGACUUCUUCCGAUAUCAGCUCUCCAAGGACGGGCAGAGGCUGACGCUGUUGAAGGAGAUGCUGGCAGGGUGCGGAGCCGGCACCUGCCAGGUCAUCGUGACCACCCCCAUGGAGAUGCUGAAGAUCCAGCUUCAGGAUGCCGGCCGCAUCGCCGCCCAGAAGAAGAUACUGGCUGCCCAGGCCCAGCUCUCAACACAGGGGGGCGCCCAGCCCUCAGUGGAGGCUCCGGCCGUCCCCAGGCCCACAGCCACCCAGCUGACCCGUGACCUGCUCCGGAGCCGUGGCAUUGCUGGCCUCUACAAGGGACUGGGGGCCACACUGCUCAGGGACGUACCCUUCUCCAUCGUCUACUUCCCCCUCUUUGCCAACCUGAACCAGCUGGGCCAGCCGGCAUCUGGGGAGAAGUCUCCCUUCUACGUGUCUUUCCUGGCUGGCUGUGUGGCUGGGAGUAUGGCCGCCGUGGCUGUCAACCCCUGUGAUGUGGUGAAGACGAGGCUCCAGUCCCUGCAGCGUGGGGUCAAUGAAGACACCUAUUCAGGGUUUCUGGACUGUGCCAGGAAGAUCUUGCGGAAUGAGGGUCCCUCAGCCUUCCUAAAGGGUGCCUACUGCCGCGCCCUGGUCAUCGCUCCGCUGUUUGGCAUUGCUCAGGUGGUCUACUUCCUGGGCAUCGCAGAGACCCUGCUGGGGCUCCUGCAGCAACCCCAGCCCUGAGCCUGGGCCCCCCGUGCCCACACCAAGCAGGACUCGAGUGGAACUGGAGCUGGGCAGCACACCCAGGACUGAGCAAGGGAAAGUCUCUCCCACUCCUCCCCACGUGGCUAGGGGAGGCAGAGGAAGGGGUGCAGGGCCCACACACGUGGACCCCGAGGGGUCCUGCCUGCACAAGCAGUGGGAUCAAUGUGUUAUUUAUGUAGAAAUCACAGAAAUCUUUACAUUCCUGGAGCCAGCCUUGUCCCAGCUGCAACCUGGCCUGAACACCCCCAGGGACAGAGCUGGUCUCUAGCUGGGGGCUCCCAGGUGUGGCCUGGGCACGAUGGACCCUCCCCUCCAGGCUCUCCGCCCAUCCCUGAGGCGCAGCCCCUAGCCCACAAAGGGGACCCUGCGCAAACCUAUUUAUUAACUUACUGAGCAUCGGUGGCUCUGAGCAACCCUCCGUCCAUUGGUCCAGCCCCCAUGCUGCUGUUCUCACCUCGGCCAGCCUUGCAGGAGAAUCAGGGUCUCCUGCCCCCCAUAUUGAGCCAGGAAUCCCAGGUGGGGGGGUCAUGCUGAGGUCUGAUUCCCAGGAAACCCUCCUAACUGCGGGACCCAGCAAUCCUCCUGGUGGGCCCCUCUGCCCUACCCCAGCUGGGGGGCUCAGAGUAUGUGAGGUCUGUGUGCACGUGGCAAUGCUGGGGGUAACUGGUUGUGCCCACCAGCCUUAAGCUGGCCUGGCUCCUCUGGAAUGGGGCUGUGGGGGUGCUGCUGCCCUUCCCACAUGGCCAGGCAGAGUGUGUGUGUGUGUGUGUGUGUGUGUGUGUGUGUGCACACCCUACGCCCCCUAUUGCUGCACCUGCAGCUGACCCCUCUUCUGAGACCUGCACCCCAGGUCUGACAUUGGCCAGUGGGAAGAGCAAGCAUGAAGACCAAUAUGGAGCCUGGGGGCACCUGCUCUGUUCGCAGGGGUGGGGGCCAAGAGCUGCCCCUUCAGGGCCCACCCUGCUCCCGACCUCUGCCCGAAGCCCCUGACCUCGCUGUACAGCUCUGCCCUCUCGAUGUCCAGACCCACCCACGUUGUGAAUUAGGCAGGCUCCCGUCGCCUGCCCCCCUGCUACGUGAUCGUGUUGGUGAUUGGUGCUGGUGCUGUGUCCCCCACCACCCAGGCCCCCCCAGGAGGCCCUUUCCCAGCAACACUACCUGGGGCUGAGGUCUGGCCCCCAGUUCACGGUUGUACCCGUCACACCUGUACCUUGGAAGCUGCUGCUGCUGCUUACAGAUUUAUAUAUUUUUUCUUUUGAGGAGUUUUAAGAAGUGACUUUUUCUGUCUUGUCAUGUA